UGUCCAGCCCGGCUGUUUCCCCUCAACGCCUACACUCCCACACCCAUCAAAACAACCGCAUAUCACCAUGGCUGCUGAAAAAUCGGACGACUUCUCUGAGCUUCCCAAGACUUUGUACAAGGAGGGCAGUGCUUUUGUCAAGCGUUGCGUGAAGCCUAACCGCAAGGAAUUCUUGAGUGUCUCCAAGGCCGUCGCCGCCGGUUUUAUUCUGAUGGGUUUCAUUGGCUAUAUUAUCAAAUUGGUUCACAUUCCUAUUAACAAUGUGUUGGUUGGCAGUGCUUAACGAAUUUAAUAUGCAUUACAAAUAAAGAUUGCUUCAAUACGUAAUCCAUUAAACGAACUCAAAAUGCCGUGUGGUGACCACGUUUUGCGAACUUCCGUGACGUAAUUAUAAUUAAGGUUGCAAUAUUAUCGCAAGCAGUCGCAUUUUCGCGACUUAGCGU